CUUGCAGACGUUACGAUAUAUACUCCGUUCCAAAGAAGAAAAAAAUAUCUGAUUAUUAUUAUAUCCUCUGUUUCUCUUCUUUCUUUGUACCACCAGAGCGAAACAAAAACCAAACCAAGAAAAAAGAAAAAGAAAAUCAUCCAUCUCCUCCUUUCAAGAAGAUCAAUAUGAGUAAGUUAUCAUGGAUUGGUGUUAAGAAAAGCUCUCGACUUUUCAAAGAUUUCCACGAAGAAUGGAUUACAACCUUAAGGAAUACUCUUCUCCCAUUACUAAGUCGUUCAGUAAUGGUUUCUCCACCAGAAUUACUCUCAACUCAUGUUCAGAUGUUCCACCACCAUUUCCAAACCUAUUACCAAACCCUAGAUCUUGCUGCUUCUGAAGAUGUUUCUCAACUUCUUUUCCCAACUUGGCAUAAUUCAAUACAAAAACCCUUUCUCUGGUUUGGUGAUUUUCAUCCUAGUAUCUUCACAAAUCUCUUAAGAUCAUUACUCAGCAACGACGAUGAUGAAGAUGGGGUUGCAGAAAAAUCUGCAGAUUACCCACUUGUUUGGAAAUACCCAUCAAAUAAUUUGAUCAGUAAAGUUGAAGAAAUGGAAUGUGGGUUAAGAUUGAUUCUUCCUGGGAUUAUGAAUCGGUAUAGGGUAUUACAAUCUGGGUUUAUUGACAAAGUUGGGUAUGAUUGGAUUCAUUCUACAGGGAAGAAUGAAAUCUUGAAAGCAAUUAGUGGCGAUGUAUGUGUUCAGAUGGAUGAAUUAGUAAGUGUGUUUUUAGAUGCUAAUAGAUUAAGAAGAAGUAUUUUAAUGGAGAUUAUUAGUGCUACAGAUGUUUAUCAAUCUGCUCUUUAUCUUCAAGGACUUGCUCAAUUCUUUUUAGGGUUCAGUGAUGUUGAAUUGGUUAAGGAAUUUGAACAAUGCAAGAUCCCAUUAACACUAAUUAUUCAUUGAUCUAUCACAUCAGUUCUGCAUAGGGUUGUUGAUGUUCUUGCAGCAGCAGUAAGGAGGAAUGUUAUGCAACUCGGAUUUUCCUGAAGUCUUUUAUGUUCUUGUAAAUUUCAGUUUGUGUCUUAAGCUAUUAGCUUUUCGGUUCUUGUUUGAAUCUCAUUAGCUGCUACUGUUAUCAUAGUUGUUGAAUUAAAAAAAAUUGUUGUCAGUACAUUAUUUUCUUGAGGUUUGAAUGAAAAUUGAUAAUGGCUCAAUUUUGUAACAAGUUUGCACCACCAGCUGAUCGGUACCGGAAGAUCAUU